ACAGUGAUGAGCCGGCUGACAAUGUGUACUAGGAUCAAUGAACUGUCAACACUGAUGGAACAGGCGUAACGCGAAUUCAUUGCGGCUAGAAUGAGAAACGGGAAGGAUAGCGCUAGUCAGGGCAAAACAUUGUGGUCCAUUGAGUGCGGUGAAUUGUUGCAAUAGACGCAGAAAAGAUGUGAAAAUGAAGUUUCACAGGAUACCUAGAGAUUCUAUCAUGAGGAAGUUGUGGUUACAUGCUAUAAGAAGAGAAAACUUUACUCCCAGUACAACAACGGUAAUUUGUGAAAAGCAUUUCACUCCAGAGGAUUAUGAAGUUAGUGUUCAUGGAAAUAAGGUACUAAAAAAGGUGGCAGUUCCAUCUGUGUUUGAUUUGCCAACCCAUCUCAAGAAAGAACCUAGACAUCGAAGGGUUUUGGAAAGAAAGCAUGAGGAGUCCAACUCAAAAGCAACAGAACAAACUUUGGCUAUUGGUGAAGUAGUAGAAGAACCUGAAAAUGGCGAUCAUGCUGAUGAUGGAAAUAUAUUGGCAGCUGGUCGUUCAAACGUAACACAAAAACUAGGAUUUUUAGAAACAAGUGAACCUUCAAACAUAUGCAAUUUAAGGGUCAGAAGAUCGCCAGUAUACUUUGGGGAUUUCAAAAUUUCUGAUUUAAACAAUGUGCAGCGUCGGAAGAGAUUUUGGAAAAACUGCUCAUGAAACUGUUCAUAAUUACAAAAACAUUAACAAGCACAAUCAGUGUAAAAUUCGUAGACAAUGAAAUAAAAUAAAAAGUCUAAUAGUCUGGUAGAUGAACUUCUUAAGGAGAAGAGAAUAUCUGCAGCUCAGUCAAUAGUAUUGAAGGUAAACAUUUGAUGAACAGAUAGUUUGCUGCUACAAUUGUUACCUUGUUGUUGUUUAUUUUCAUUUGUAAAAUUUUCAUUUCAAUUGUUGAACUCUGUUGAAUAUCUAUUGAUUACUAGCUAGAGUGAUCAUUUUACUAUCACAGUAUUUAGGUUUUACAUUUAGUGCACGAAAUUUUUAGCUUAAAAUUAUGAUGGAUGUAUACAUUUUGUUUUUACAGGAAAGUCUCCCAAAAACUCAAGUGCUUUUCAGGCAGUUGAAAAAAGGAAAAUCUAAACAAGUAUAGCCCAGAAUUAAGGUGUUUUGCACUAACAUUGAAUUUUUAUUCAUCAUCAGCAUACAACUAUAUUAGAAAAAUAUUUGGAAAAAAUGUUCUACCAC